AUGUCAAAUCAUAGAAUUCCAGCACCACUUAUACGUCGACCAUUGCCAUUAUUAAACAUGCGGUUUAACCCAGAUAACACCGGCGAUUCGCCAAGAAGUACCCCCACACUUAGAGAAAUUAGAUCAAUUGUUUCAAAAAUCACAAACUACGCAGAUGUACACACAGAUACCUUAACAAGAUUUUCAAACUUUUUGACAAACCCUGACAUGUCUUUAACUGAAGGGUGGAAUUACAAUUUAAUUAUUCGUAAACUUGCAACCUUAAUGACAAGAAGGACACCACCUCCUCAAUUAUCAGAUUUAUCAGCUUAUAGUGCAGAAAUCGACAUUGUGACCCUACAAGCAAUAUUUGAAAUAGCAGAUUCUGACAAUUCUAACAUAAAACGGAUAACAAUGGCUUGUAGAUGUAUGUGUAAUUUAACAACUCUGUUGGAUAAUAAUGCUGAAAAACAUAUUGGUAAUGCGGUGAGAGAAGUUGCCAUUCCAAAUUUAUGUCAAUUAAUUAAAGAGACACCCUUAUCAAAUGAUUUGGAUUAUUUAAAUGAUAUCAUAGCGGCUUUAGUGCAAUUUUCUAUACCAAAUAGAGUUAAUUGUGUCGAGUUGAUUUUAAAAUCAGAUAUCAUUCAACAUAUAAUGCAAAAUAUAUUUCCAUUCAUGUCUGACAGUGACCGAGCAUUACCAAUUUGGUUGAUGGCAAAUUGUUGCAGAAACUCUAGAAAUCUUCCCAAGAAUAGUGUUGAUGUGUUAAAAGAUUUAACUAUAAAUAAUCAAGAGCUCAUGGCAAUAUUUUUAAAUAAUGAAAAAGACGUCGUUUUACAUCAAGCUAGUAUUUGUAUAACUUAUAUGAUUAAUCAUGAUUUUGAGGAAAAUAUGCCUAAAAUUACUGUGGUAAGACUUAACAAAUGCUAG